GUGUACACAUAACAGUCCCUCUCCAGCCCCCGACCCCGAGCCCCCCGACUCCAUUGUCGUCCGUCUCCGCUGCCUUUGUCCUCCGUCUCCCUGUCUCUGCCCCCGUGCUGCCUUUCUCCUCCCUCUCCGCCCCCGUCUCUGCCCCCCGCACUUUCUCUUUCUCUCCUUCUCCUCCGUCCCCCGAGCUGCCCUAACCCUUUCUGUUUCUCUCCUUCCCCUCUGUCUCCGCGGGAGGGCGAUCGCUGGACGGCGAUUCUCACGAACGGGGAUUCUCGGCACACUUUUCAGACAAGGGGAUUUUUGGUGGAUUUCUCUCUUGCUCUCAUCCAAGCCAAGAUUCGGAGAAUGACCGGCCAUGGAGUUCAGUCGGCCGGUGUUUGGGUUUGCUGUUGGAGGUGGGAGAAAAAGUUGACCUUCUUACUCGUUCUUCAGUACAAAAACUGGAGUUUUGUUUGUGAAGGGAUGUCUCUUUCCUGCUAAUUGAAUCGACGGCAUCUCCCACGGUACCGCCUGGAAAUUCAGCUUCUGUCUUGUUCUUCCCAUUUUUCGUCUGCCCAGGACUCACGGAGAAAAGUUUUUAGCAAGCAACAGAGACAUCCUAAGGAAAUAAUUCCUAUCAUGCCUCUGUAAUCGUGUGGAGUUUCAGAUCAAGGAUGAAGCGAUAUGUCUACAUCAAUGACAACAAACUCUCUCCUGAUAUUUUUUGUGACAACUGUGUCUCAAACCGCAAGUAUACUAUAUUUAAUUUUCUCCCAAAGAAUCUGUGGGAGCAAUUCGGUCGGUUCAUGAACAAGUACUUCUUACUGAUUGCAUGCCUUCAACUCUGGCCACUUAUUACCCCUGUCAAUCCUGCAAGUACAUGGGGACCACUUAUCUUCAUAUUUGCAGUGUCAGCAUCGAAAGAGGCCUGGGAUGAUUACAAUAGAUAUCUUUCAGACAAGAAAGCAAAUGAGAAAGAAGUAUGGGUUGUGCGACAGGGGAUUAAGAAGCAUAUUCAAGCUCAAGAUAUUCAUGUGGGCAACGUUGUUUGGUUGCGUGAGAAUGAUGAAGUGCCAUGUGAUCUAGUCUUGAUUGGAACCUCUGAUCCGCAGGGUGUCUGCUAUGUUGAGACCGCAGCACUUGAUGGUGAAACAGAUCUAAAAACAAGGGUCAUACCUUCUGCAUGUUCAGGAAUUGCUUCUGACCUUUUAAACAAAAUCAAGGGCGUCAUUGAGUGUCCUUCACCUGACAGAGAUAUCAGAAGAUUUGAUGCUAACUUGAGGUUAUUUCCUCCAUUUAUUGACAAUGACUUGUGCUCCUUAACAAUCAAGAAUACUUUGCUACAGUCAUGUUAUUUGAGAAAUACAGAGUGGGCCUGUGGGGUAGCAGUAUAUACAGGCAAUGAAACCAAGUUGGGCAUGAGCAAGGGUGUUCCUGAGCCAAAAAUGACAGCUGUUGAUGCAAUGAUCGACAAGUUGACUGGUGCAAUAUUUCUAUUUCAGUUGGUGGUGGUUCUUGUUCUUGGGACAGCUGGUAAUGUUUGGAAGGAUACUGAAGCUCGCAAGAAAUGGUAUGUUCGAUAUCCAAGGGAUGCCCCAUGGUAUGAAUUUGUUGUCAUACCAUUGCGUUUUGAGCUCCUGUGUUCAAUUAUGAUUCCAAUAUCUAUAAAGGUGUCACUAGAUCUUGUUAAGAGUUUGUAUGCCAAGUUCAUUGACUGGGAUGAGGAGAUGUAUGAUCAUGAAACUUGUACUCCUGCUCAUGCAACCAAUACAGGGAUAAGUGAAGACUUGGGACAAAUUGAAUAUAUUUUGACAGAUAAAACUGGGACUCUAACAGAAAACAAAAUGAUGUUUAGACGGUGUUGCAUAAGCGGUGUCUUCUAUGGAAAUGACAAUGGAGAUGCUUUGAAAGAUGUUGAGCUGCUCCAUGCCUGUACUAGCAAUAAUACUGAUGUCAUCAGAUUCCUUGUCGUUAUGACGGUGUGUAAUACUGUCAUACCUCUCAAAAGCCAAGACGGAUCCGUGUCAUACAAGGCUCAAUCACAGGAUGAGGAGGCUCUUGUCCAUGCAGCAGCUCAGUUGCAAAUGGUUUUCUUUAACAGAAUGGGAAAUAUACUUUAUAUCAAUUUUAAUGGUGCAGUCAUUCAAUAUGAGAUAUUGGACAUCCUUGAGUUUACGUCUGAUAGGAAACGAAUGUCGGUAGUGGCAAAGGAUUGUCAAAGUGGGAACAUAGUCCUCCUGUCAAAAGGAGCAGAUGAGGCAAUUCUUCCAUAUGCAUGUUCUGGGCAACAAGUAAGGGAUUAUGUUGAAGCCGUGGAGUGCUAUGCACAAUUAGGGUUGCGAACGCUUUGCUUGGCAUGGCGAGAAUUAUCAGAAGAUGAAUAUAGAGAAUGGUCUGUGUUGUUUAAAGAGGCUAAUACUUCUCUAGUUGACAGGGAGUGGAGAAGUGCUGAAGUUUGCCAACGUUUGGAACACAGUCUUGAGGUUCUUGGGGUUGCUGCAAUAGAAGACCGUCUGCAGGAAGGUGUUCCUGAAACAAUCGAUCUGCUUCGGAAGGCUGGAAUCAACUUUUGGAUGCUUACUGGUGAUAAACAAAAUACAGCCAUUCAGAUAGCGCUUUCUUGCAACCUAAUUUCUCCUGAGCCAAAAGGACAGCUUCUGUUAAUAAAUGGGAGGACAGAAGAUGAAGUUGCAAGGAGCUUGGAAAGGGUGUUGCUUACAAUGCGAAUAAGCACCUCAGAGCCUAAGGAUGUUGCUUUUGUUAUUGAUGGUUGGGCUCUGGAGAUUGCACUUAAACAUAGACGUGCAUCGUUUGCUGAAUUGGCUGUUUUAUCAAGAACUGCGGUUUGUUGCCGUGUUACUCCAUCACAAAAAGCUCAGCUCGUAGAAAUCUUGAAGUCAUGUGACUACAGGACACUUGCAAUUGGUGAUGGUGGAAAUGAUGUAAGGAUGAUACAGCAGGCUGAUGUCGGAGUAGGUAUAAGUGGGAGAGAGGGGCUGCAAGCUGCAAGAGCAGCUGAUUAUAGCAUUGGAAAAUUCAGGUUUCUUAAAAGAUUGAUACUCGUACAUGGAAGAUAUUCAUACAACCGUACAGCAUUCCUAUCACAGUAUUCUUUUUACAAGUCGCUGCUGAUCUGUUUUAUUCAGAUCUUUUUUUCUUUCAUUUCAGGGGUUUCAGGAACUAGUCUGUUCAAUUCUUUCAGUCUGAUGGCCUACAAUGUCUUCUACACUAGUAUUCCUGUAAUGGUGAAUGUCUUGGACAAGGAUCUUAGUGUGAAGACUGUAAUGCAGCACCCUCAAAUUUUAUUCUACUGCCAAGCUGGAAGGCUACUGAACCCUAGUACCUUUGCUGGUUGGUUUGGAAGAUCAUUGUUCCAUGCACUUGUUGUGUUUAUUAUUAGCAUACAUGUGUAUGCUGACGACAAAAGGGAAAUGGAAGAGUUAUCGAUGGUUGCACUUUCUGGAUGCAUUUGGUUGCAGGCGUUUGUUGUUACAAUGGAGACCAAUUCGUUCACGAUAUAUCAGCAUAUUGCAAUAUGGUUAAACCUUGCUGCUUUUUACAUCAUCAAUUUCAUUGUUAGUGCUUUGCCGUUGGCCGGCAUGUACACCAUAAUGUUCCGUGUCUGCAGACAGCCAUCCUACUGGUUUGCGAUGCUUCUUAUUGUGGUUUCAGGGAUGGGCCCAGUGCUUGCGCUAAAGUACUUCCGUUAUACAUAUAGAUCAAGUGCCAUCAAUGUACUUCAACAAGCAGAAUACUCACGAUCACGCACAUCCGCUCUUGCAAACAUUGAGCAUCCGCUAAGGGUCGUCGAGAAGGAAGUUUCCCCACUGUCCACACCUCAAUCUAAAAGUCGAGCUUCUGUUUAUGAACCACUUCUCCACGAUUCCCCAUCUGCAGCCAGAAGAUCUUUGGGAUCAAGUACAGCAUUUGAGCUUUUUCAAUCUCCAUCAAGACUUUCGUCAAGUUAUUCAAGAAAUUGCAAAAAUAAUUGAUUCUUAGUGGUCCAUAGUAUCACUACAGUGUCUGUACAAUCUUUACAUAGCAAUAAUUGAAUUUUCUCUCUCUUACCAAGUAUACUGGUUCAUAAAGCUGUUGUAGCAUUUGUAGGGAAUCCACUAAUAGGUACCAUUGAUCUUCAACCUGAGAUAUUGUUUUCAGAAGAUUACAGGAAAGCAACGAACUUGCAUUUCCUAGUAAUAGAAAUACGUGAAAGGUGUACAGAGCAGAUGUUAUGUGAAACGCCGAGGUAUCCUAAGGAAUUUCUUUUAGUUCUUUCUCA